AUGUUAGCCGAAUUGGAAGAAAUUAUUACGUAUAAACAAUAUGCCGACCAGCCUGAUCGUCAAGCAACCAUCCGAAAAACUUGGAUGAAGAGACUUAAGGGGUGCCAACGAAACGUAGAUGUUUGGCAACAAAUUCUCAAAGUUCGAGCGUUGGUGAUUUCACCAAAAGAAAAUAUGGAAAUGUGGAUUAAAUUUGCAAAUUUAUGUAGAAAGAGUGAUCGACUUGAGUUUGCAGAAAAAACAUUAAAAUUACUUUUAGUUGGUGAUCAAAAGUUAGAAUUAAUUCAUCCAUCGAUUCUUGCAAGAGCCUCUCCGCAAGUUGUUUAUGCACAUUUGAAAUGGAUGUGGGCAAGUGGAGUUCGUGAAGAAGCAUUAGAGUUUUUACGUGAUUUCACCACAAGGAUGUCAAAUAAUGAUCGAGUUGGUAAUAAUGGGUUACUUGCACGCUGUUAUCUCAAGAAGGGAGAGUGGCAGAAAGUUUUACAGGACGAUUGGGAUAGAGAAACCAUUCCCGAUAUUUUACAAUCUUAUUUGCUUGCAACGCAAUAUGAUAAAGAUUGGUAUAAAGCUUGGCAUGCAUGGGCUCUCGCAAACUUUGAGGUUAUUUCUUUUUAUGAAAAAUCAAAAUCUGCUGAAAAUAAUACACCGGCCGAACAAACUAUUACUACUGUUACUGAAGAAGUUAAUGGAGACAUUCAUCAAGAAGUAUUACGUUACGUAGUGCCGUCCGUUCAAGGGUUCUUUAGAUCAAUUUCUCUUUCAAGGGGUAAUUGUCUACAAGAUACUUUGAGACUUCUAACUCUCUGGUUCAAAUAUGGUUAUCAAGAAGAAGUCUGUAGUGCUAUUAAAGAAGGAUUUGGUAGUGUCAAUAUUGAUACAUGGCUUGAAGUUAUUCCACAGCUGAUUGCGCGCAUUCAUGCUCCAAAUCAAAAAGUGCGCCGCCUUAUUCACGAUUUAUUGGCCGAGGUUGGAAAAGAGCAUCCUCAAGCUUUAAUUUAUCCUCUUACUGUUGCAUCAAAAUCUCAGAGUUUUAAUCGACAAACUGCUGCUUCAUCUGUCAUGGAUAAAUUACGUGCACAUAGCGCUGUUCUUGUUGAUCAGGCUUUGCUUGUCAGUCAAGAACUUAUCCGUGUUGCAAUAUUAUGGCACGAAAUAUGGAUGGAAAAUUUGGAAGAAGCCUCUCGUCUAUUCUUUAUUGAGCGUAAUUUCGAAGCUAUGUUCAAUAUAUUGGAUGAAUUGCAGGAACGCCUUGAUCGUGGUCCCGAGACUUUGCGCGAAGUAGCAUUUGUACAAGCAUAUGGGAGAGAGCUUCAGGAAGCAGGUGGAUGGUGUAAGAAAUAUAAACAAACAGGAGAUAUGACUUUCUUAUCUCAAGCUUGGCAAAUAUAUCACGAAAUGUUUAAAAAAAUAACUGCGCAAGUGGGAACCAUAACAACACUUGAACUUCAAUACGUUUCACCGAAAUUACUUGCGGCACGAGACUUGGAAUUGGCAGUUCCAGGUACAUAUAAAAGUGGUGAACCUGUUACCAAAAUAGCAAGUUUUAUCGCUACGGUCAAUAUUAUUUCUUCUAAACAACGCCCUAGAAAAUUGAAUCUUAUGGGUAGUGAUGGCAAGGAAUAUCAAUUCUUACUAAAAGGUCACGAAGACUUACGACAAGAUGAGCGUGUAAUGCAACUAUUCGGCUUGGUUAAUACUUUGCUCUCUAUAGACUCGGAAACAUUUAAAAGACAUUUGCAUAUUCAAAGAUAUACCGUAACUCCUCUCACGCCGAAUAUCGGUCUUUUGGGAUGGGUACCAAAUUGCGACACCCUCCAUGCUCUAAUUCGUGAUUAUCGUGAGAGUAAAAAGAUUCUCCUUAAUAUUGAACAUCGUUUAAUGUUACAGAAAGUGGAAGUAUUCGAAUUUGCUCUGGCUAACACGACAGGCCAGGACCUUUACAAAGUUUUAUGGCUUAAGAGUAAAAACUCGGAGGCAUGGUUGGAACGACGUACUAAUUAUACUCGGUCUUUAGCUCUAAUGUCAAUGGUUGGUUAUAUUCUUGGGUUAGGAGAUAGACAUCCAUCAAAUAUCAUGCUUGAUCGGUACACGGGAAAGAUCGUACAUAUUGAUUUUGGUGAUUGUUUUGAGGUUGCAAUGACUCGCGACAAAUAUCCAGAAAAGAUUCCAUUCCGUUUAACGCGUAUGUUGGUCAACGCAAUGGAAGUGAGCGGUAUAGAAGGAAAUUUCCGUACCACAUGUGAGGCUGUGAUGAGUGUUUUAAGAAAGAAUAAGGAAAGUUUGAUGGCUGUUCUUGAAGCUUUUGUACAUGAUCCUUUAAUAAAUUGGAGAAUUAUGGCUAAUCCAAGUCCGAGACAAGAUGGUGAGAACAUACAUGCGGUCGCAGGUACAAGCAAUCGUCGGGCUCGCGAUAUUAUUAAUCGUAUAUCAAAUAAGUUAACAGGCAAAGAUUUCAAACCGAAUCAAGUGUUGGAUGUACCGUCACAAGUCGACAAGUUAAUUCAACAAGCAAUCUCAGUCGAGAAUCUGUGUCAAUGUUACAUCGGAUGGUAA